AUGCUCUUGGUACGGGCCUGCCGCACAUUCCCACACAAACCUCUACUAUCACAGGUCCGUGCUCUAUCGACGAACAAGUCGGGCGUUCCGAACCUUCUUACUCUCGCUCACCUUUCGGUGAAUGAAAUCGAGGGCGUUUUGCAGCGCGCGGCGCAGUUCAAACGCACGGCAAAGCACACAGCGAUGGGUGUAUGUGACCUGGAGCGUUCGUUAGAGCGCAAGACGAUCGCGAUCAUCUUCAGCAAGCGCAGCACUCGUACUCGCGUUGCGAGUGAAUCUAGUGUUGCUGCCCUUGGCGGCCACGGCAUGUUCCUCGCGCCUUCGGACAUCCAGCUGGGCGUCAACGAAAGUCUGCUGGACACGGCGCGCGUUGUCGGCUCUAUGGUUGACGGCAUCAUGGCGCGUGUGGGUGGACACCAUGAGGUCGAAGGCCUCGCGAGCGAGUCUGCUGUGCCAGUCAUCAACGCGCUUUCCAGUCGUUUCCAUCCCACACAGAUUCUCGCUGACUUGCUGACGAUGCUCGAACUCGAUGGCGCAGCGCACAGAGCUCUGCCAUCCCUGCAGCACCUCGCUGGGAAAAAGGUCGCAUGGGUGGGUGACUCGAACAACAUCCUCAACGACAUGAUCGUUACCUAUCCCCGCCUGGGCCUGCAUCUCAGCAUUGCGGCACCCCAGGGCCCGGCGUAUGAACGCGAUCCUGUGGUGUGGGAUCUCAUGAAAAAAGGCCUGGCUGAUCUGUCGAGUGAGCACACGCCCGGCCAGAUCGAGUGGUCGCAUGAUCCGCAGCGGGCCGUGCGUGACGCUGACUUUAUCGUGACGGACACUUGGAUCUCAAUGGGCGACGAAGCCCAAAAGGACCAGCGCCUACGCGAUUUCCAAGGCUUCCAGGUCACGGAAGACCUCGCUCGCCGCGGCGGCGCCAAGCCUGACUGGAAGUUUUUGCAUUGCCUCCCUCGCAAGGCCGAAGAGGUGUCCGACGAAGUGUUCUAUGGGCCGCGGUCGCUCGUGUUCCCCGAGGCGGAGAACCGCAAGUGGACGAUUAUGGCCUGUUUCGACUGGCUGUUUGGCGGUCGCGCCCUCUCAAUUGCUAUGGUGUCGUUUUACGAACUGAAAGCGGCUUUGCCAAACAACAAGACUUUUGAAUUUUCUCAGCUCAAGGGUAAGGUCGUGCUUAUCGUGAAUACUGCGAGCAAGUGUGGUUUUACGCCACAGUUUGAUGGUCUCGAGAAGCUGUACAAGGACUACGAGAGCCGUGGCUUUAUCGUGCUUGGCUUCCCAAGCAACCAGUUUGCCUCGCAGGAACCAGGCGAUGAUGAUUCGAUUGGCAGCUUUUGCCAGCUGAACUAUGGCGUCUCGUUUCCCAUUAUGGCCAAGUCCGAUGUCAACGGCGCAAACGCGAACGAGGUGUUCCAAUUCCUGAAGCAUGCCAAGCGGGGCUUCCUUGGUACGGAGGGUAUUAAAUGGAACUUUACCAAGUUCUUGAUCAACCGCCAGGGCGAGGUCGUCGAGCGCUACUCGCCGACCACGUCGCCUGCUCACAUUGCUUCUGCGAUCGAAAAGCUGCUUUAA